CCGUUUCCGACAUUUCCUUUUCCGUCACGAAACGCGUCUUCUUAUUUCGCCAACACAACAGCUCACCAUUCCCUUACCCCCCUUCCCAUAGUCGUUACCUACCUCCUCCGAAUCGCUCCCCCUAAACCCUCAAAAUUCUUUCUUUUCAUAUUUUCCCAGAAAAACCCUCCUUUCUAUACCAUGCAUCCUGCUCUCAAUUAUGCCCCUUCUCCUUACCUACCUCCUUCCCCACUACCAGCUUUUAACGCCGCCGCCGCCGCCGCCGACCAGCAAAUGCUCGUCUCUGUUUUUUUAGCCCUGUUCUUACCAUGUGCAGGGAUGAGUGCUGUUUUCCUUAUUUACAUUUGUUUAUUGUGGUGCUCUACGAAUUACAAUCAGAGUGAUUUCGGAGGGGAGGUGAAGCCGGUGAAGAAAAAAGGGUUGUCGGCGGCUGAGCUGGAGAAGCUGCCCAAGGUCACCGGGAAGGAAUUGGUGAUAGGGCCAGAGUGCGCGGUGUGUCUCGAUGACAUUGAAGCGGAUCAACCGGCGAGAUUGAUCCCUGGAUGCAACCAUGGGUUCCAUCUGCACUGUGUUGAUACUUGGCUUUCUGAUCACACUGUUUGCCCUUUUUGCAGAACCAAGCUCGAGCCCCAGUUCUUUAAUGGUUCCCAAAACCCCUGCUGAAGAAGGAAGAAGACCACAAAACCCAUGGAUGAAAUUGAAGAACAUAAAAAAUGUAGCGUUCGUUUGUAUUGUUAAUUGGUUCAUAGGGUUUUUUGCAGGCACCGGAAACAAAUUGGUAUUGUUGUUUAUUGAUUUCAUAGCUUAAUUAGUUUAAUAGGAGGUGGUUAAAUAAAUUUUUAACCAGAGAUAAAUUGAUUGGAAUCCAUCCCUUGUGAAUAAAUUAUAGUAGUAAUCAAUUUUUUGUUUUUGA